CUUCACUCAUUUCCACGACGCGUCUUCCCUGCUCUGCGCUCUGCUCGCUCACAUUCUGCCGCAUCUCAACCCUCCUCCAUCCCUCCUCUCCCAAAACAGUUGGUCAGCUCGACCAUGACUGUCGCCAUGACCUCGACUUCACCUCUCAAAGUCGCCGGUCGACAAGCUCUUCUUCCCUCCCCCGAUCCAUCCUCCGUCAGAUUACCAGAUUCACCAGAAAAACUUCCCCAUGCUUCUCUCAACACAGGCACAGGUUCAUUAACCGAAAAGUCUCGUGGCCUCCGCCGACUCCAGUCCCAUAAUCAACUCUCAUCCACUUCCGCCGCCAUGGGCACUCAGGCUUCCAACCUGCGACCUCCACGAACCUCCAUCACCAAUCGACCUUCACGCGAACAACUCCAUCCUCAAUCGACAUCGUCCACAUCCACAUCAUCAACUCAACCCCACACCAGUACCCUAACUGCUGCGACCUCCGCUUCUCGAGCUCGCGCCAACAGCGAUGCUCCCAUGCCAUUUGUUCCUCGAUCUCGCAAACAACCCAUGAAUCCCUCACCGGGCUCCAACCACCUGAUCAACCAUGCCCGAAAAUCCAGUUUGGAAAUGACUCUACGCGACGGACCUCCCCCGGGCACAACACCUGCCUCUGCUUUAUCUCUCCUCCGCCAUUCCAUCCUCACCAGUGGCGUCACCGCCACCAAAGAAGGCAUGUCCGACUACCGCAUAUACCUGUGGUUGACGCUGUUAAAUGUCCCUCCGCUGGCAACCCAAGUCUACCUAGACCUAGUCCACCGCAGCAAAAGCCCUGCCUACGAGAAGAUCUCCAACGACGUGUUCCGUACCCUAGCCACCGACACCCUAUUCAAGAGGAGAGUAACCGACGCCAGUCUGACUCGUCUGCUCAACGCUACCGCCUGGCGCAUCCACGAUGAACAGACCGCCAACCCACCCACACCUUUUGCACAGAAAUAUACCCAAUCGACCUACCUUCAAGGAGUCAACGUCCUAUCAGCGCCUCUACUCUACGCGUCGCGAUCCGAGGCUCAGGCAUUUGCUCUGUCCAACUGUCUCUUAUCCGACCACAUCCCCACAUACAUUUCACCCACCAUGUCCGGCGUCCACAGGGGCGUCGAUUUGAUCGACCAAAUCCUGUCGCACAUGAACCCCAAACUAUCAUCUUUCCUCCUCAGCAAGAACCUCCCUGCGCGCAUCUACGCUUUCCCCUCCGUUCUGACCUUGUGCGCCUGCACACCUCCACUACCCGAGGUCUUGAAGUUAUGGGAUUUCCUCUUCGCAUUCGGCGUCCACCUCAACGUCAUCUGCGUCGUGGCGCAACUACUCCUCCUCAAGGACAAGUUACACGACCAUCCCAGUCCGGCCAAGAUGUUGAGAAGUUUUCCCAACCUUGAUGCCGACCAAGUCAUCAAAAUGACUGUUUACAUCGUCAAGGAAUUACCCGAGCAACUCUACAGGGACGUUGUCGUCCAUGCUCGCCAUGUUUCGUGAUCCUGAUUCUUGGGAGAUUCUUUCAUCCGCUGUUUUUGUACCUUUUGAAAUAAUGAUUUGACGACAAUUACCAAUUCCUGUUAUGACCCAUCAAAAACCGACAGCAGGAGAACCCAAAAAAGCAAGCGAAUCGAGUCAUGAUGACAUGUAUAAUAACGGAUGGUGUCGAGAUUCUGACAAGAUGAAUAUGUGCAAUACCAAUACAAGUGAGACAGCAUUGUCGGUCUAUUUAAACCAUGCUCUUUUCCUAC